AUGUCUAACAAAAGAUUAGAUUAUGCAUUACGCAAUAAAAAAUUUGUUUCUGGAAUAGCGGAAAGAGAUAAAAGGGGACAACAUGUACCUGCUAACAAGCUGCCUGAUGAAAAGUUGAACUGGAUUAAAGACCACAUUAAUAGUUUUCCGAAAUUUGUGAGUCACUAUGGAGAAAGACGAUCAACACGAAAAUAUUUGCGCCAGGAUCUUUCAAUGAACAAAAUGUAUGAACUUUUUAAAGCAAAAUGUGAGUCGGAAGGAAAACCAAUAUUGAAAAAGAGUGCCUACGUCAAAGUAUUUACAACCAAGUUUAAUUUACACUUCUAUAUCCCUAAGGCAGAUACUUGUAAAACCUGUGAUAUGCUCGAGAUAGCAAUGAAGGCGGAAGAAGAUAUAGAAACAUGCUUAGCUAUAAGGGUACAAAAAGAUCAGCAUAUUAAACUUGCAGGCGAAGUAAGAAACAUAUUAAAUAACUGUAAAGGUAAAGUCAAAACUGACGAAUCGUUAUUAGUAGCUACUUUUGAUCUGGAACAAACCCUGCCCCUUCCUUAUUUGAAUACUGGCGAGGUCUAUUAUUUAAGACAACUGCAAAUGCUGAAUAACUGA